UACCAAAACAUAUCAUAAAUUUAUAUUAUAAUAAAAUAUAUGAUUAUAUGAAAUGUCGUCUAAUUUCUCAUUAAAACUUCAUAAAUGACUUCAAAAGACGUGAAAAAUCAAUACAAAAACUCAAAUGCUUUUCAUUGCAAACAAUAUCUGUUUUGAAUUCAAUUUAUAAACAUUUCUCUUAUAAUUAGCUAUCAUUUGAAACACAUAUUCCUCACGAAAAGACCACUUCAUAAGUUGUGUCUCAUUUGUUCACACCUGUUGUCCAUCCAUAACCUCGAUGUCGAUAUCCCACCAAAUACUGGACGGCCACACAAGUGACGUGAAUUGGGUGGACUUCACGGGAACCAAACUCCUGGUCAGUGCCAGCAAUGACAAGACCGUCCGGCUCUGGGAGUCCGAUGACAGCGGACUCUUCAAGCAGAUCUCACUGUCACCACUGGUUGGCCACCACUACGGUGUCAAUUGUGUGCGAUUCUCACCCUUUGGCACAAUCAUAGCCUCGGGAUCCACUGAUGGCAACAUUAUCUUAUGGAACACUCACACAGGGGAACAGGUGGUGAAACUGACGCACGACAGCGGCGGUGGUAUCAGAGUCUGUAGUUUUUCGCCCUCUUCGUCAAUGCUGGCAUCGGGUGGUGAUGAUGAGAGCUUGGUCAUUUGGGACAUUAGCACCCGGUCUAUGAUUAGAUCACUUGCAGAUCACGAGGCGAUGAUCACUGCCUGCACUUUCAGUCCCGACAGUUGUUACCUAAUCUCGGGGUCGUCUGCGGGUGACCUCAAGCUGUGGGACUCGAAGUACGGACAUGCCAAGUGUUUGUUCACGACGGCUGAAGCCCAUGAUUUGGGUGUUUUAGGCUGUGAUUUCAGCUCACAAUACGAAGUGAAUGUGUCGGACGGUCCGCUUCAGAGUUUCUAUCUGUUGGCCUCCUGUGGUAACGACGAUCUGGUGAAGCUGUGGCACGUGAGGGGUGGCCUCAAGUCAACCAUAACUCUCUCGCAUUCCCUGAAAGGCCACAACGGGAACGUGAAUUGUUGUCGUUUUAAUACUGACGGAUCACUUCUAGCCUCAGCCGCCGGUGAUAAGUUGGUGAUCAUAUGGAACCCACAAAAUGGAGUUCUUGUGCAUAAACUCGAGGGUCAUUCGAGAUAUGUCACGUCUUGUGCUUUUUCUUCGGACAAUAAAUACUUGGCCACCGGUUCUAACGAUAAGACAGUUAUUGUUUGGAAUAUGUCAGACAUGAAGGACAGGGAUGUGAUUAUUACAAAAAACGGAUCGUUGGACGAGUCGUCGGCGAUGAUAGCCUCGGGAAGUAAUAUCGUCUCCGAUUGGACUCUCAAUGAUGUAAUCGUUUGGUUGGAAAGACUUGAUUUGGGGAAAUACAGCUCAGUCUUCAGGGAGAACUCUAUCGAUGGCAUAGAAUUGGUUCACUUGACUAAUGAUAGCCUUUUGACUGCACUUAAAAUUGAUUCUUUGGGCCACAGGAAUAAAAUCCUGAGAGGAAUACAAGCGCUGAAGAACCCGUUGUGGCAACACAUCAACGAUGACGCGGAAGACAACUCUUCAAUGCCUAACGAACUCUGUUGUCCCAUCACUCACGAGAUAAUGAAGGAACCGGUGGUCGCCGCGGACGGCUAUACAUACGAAAGGGAAGCGAUCACUGAAUGGAUCAAUAACGGCAACUCUACCAGUCCUAUGACCAAUGAAGUGAUGAUUAAUGAGUUACUUCUGCCGAAUCUAAACCUCAAAACAUUGAUUCAAAAGUAUUUAUCAAAAUAA